AUGGACGCAGAGGAGUUCAUUCAGUUAUUCUACGAGUACAAGGAUACCAUAUCCCAGGGCAUCGAUGGCGAUGGCAUCACGCAGAGCUGGUUCCGCUGCUACGAGAAGCUUGGGAUGCGGCACUCCUUGAUGCUGAACUCUUUCGGCGUCGAUACGCGGAAGGUCAUCCUCGCCACCGAGGGGGACGAGAGCAGGGUGAUGCAGAUCGCCAUCAACUACGAGCUGUGGGA